ACCUCAUAAUCGAUUUCAGAGUUAGCGAUCUGCUAUCCAUGCUUUAAUUUUACAAUGGAGAAGCCUGUUGGUGCUUUACAAGAACAAGCUUUAAAAAGAAAGGAAAGAUUAAAAGCGUUACGAGAUCGGCAGCUUCAAGGCCGAGCACCAGAUGAUGGAGAGCCUGAAAGCAAAAGAGCCCUAGAGGAGUCUGAAGCAGAGGAGAGACACAGAGAGCUGAAGUUGAGAAAUUACACCCCGGAGGACGAGGAGCUGAAGGAGAGACAGGUGCCCAAAGCAAAGCCUGCAUCAGUUGAGGACAAGGUCAAAGACCAGCUGGAAGCUGCAAACCCAGAGCCGGUGAUCGAGGAAGUGGAUCUGGCCAAUCUUGCCCCUAGAAAACCAGACUGGGAUCUGAAGAGGGACGUUGCCAAAAAGCUUGAGAAAUUAGAGAGGCGAACACAGAAAGCCAUCGCUGAACUUAUACGUGAGCGGCUGAAGGGCAGUGAGGAAGAGCUGGCAGGAGCGGUUGGAGCAGUUCGUGUAGAAGAAGGAGACUCAGACUGACUGUGAUGAAUAAUCCCACAAAACAGAUUUUUUAGGGGUCUAUUUUUUCAAACACAGCAGUGUCAAAGCAGCAGACAGCAUGCGUUUACACACAAACCAUGCUGUAUGUGUCUGUUAAAGAGAAUGAGAUGCAGAAAAAAAUGAAAUGCAGGUGUUUUUGAUUUUUCUUUGUGUACUGCGCAGCAAACUGUAUAAAGUCUUUUUUAUUUUUUGUUGUUGUUUAUAAGUAAACAAACUUUUUCCUAAA